ACAAGAAAUGCAGAAAUCCCAUCGCAACACUCCUUCAUUCUCCUCCUCUCUCCUCGACGAAAUCUGCCGCUCCAUCGACCACAAACCAGACCCCCAAACGGCAUCGCUUUCUAGAGUCGAGAAAUGGAUCGAAAACGACAGAACACUAUUCCGCCGCCGCCCCCGAUGCGACAAUACCGUCUUCCCCGACACUGACCCCUCCAUCUUCACCGCCGCCAACUGCCCUAGACCGAUCCGCACCGAUCGCUAUCUCUUCCACGAGGAGAGGAACAUAGCAUCCACAGAGAAUCUGGUCAAAUCCAAAUCCAGGGCGAUGAGAAUCUACGCGAAUUUGAAGAAGAUGAAGCAGCCUAUCUCUCCCGGAGCGCGCAUCACCACCUUCCUCAGCUCCAUCUUUAAUCGGAACAAGUCCAAAAGAGGCGAUCGGAGCCAUCCCGCAGCGCCGCCGCUGGAAUCGCCGGUGAACACGAAGUUUGCCGCUGGGAUUCAAAUAAAUAAUGACCUUACACGUGCGAGCGACCGGAGGCCCCCGUUGCCGCCAAAUGCAUUUCAAAAUGGAGCUCGUAGGAAGUAUACUUUUCAUGAAUCGCGUUACGAGAGAGACGAAGAGGAGAGUGACGGUGAUGCCAUUAGUGAGUCGAGCUCGGAUUUGUUCGAGCUCGACCACUCGUCUUUGUUUGGAAUUAGGGAUAGGUUUCGUGAAGAGCUACCGGUGUAUGAAACUACCUUUUUCCAUCAAAAUCGCCCACUAUUUCGAUAAUGCAAUUCGAUUUUAUGUCUA